AUGUGGCGACUGCAGCUAUGCAAUGUCACACCGCUACGGAAAAUGUCUGUCGGAGGUCUUCUGGCGGCUGCAUCGUUCAUCAUGGCAGGCUUGCUGCAGUUGGAAGUGAACAAGACGAUGGAACCGCCACCGGCGACAGGUCGCGUCUAUGUGCAGAGGAUUGGAAACAUCAGUCGGGCAUAUCCACUGCUACGAGUCGGCGACUCUACGCCAAUCAUAGGUGACCUCCCAGUUGGUAGAACGGAGGUUGAUGCCGGAAUGUACAAUAUUGGAGAGGGAAGUGAAUUGCACAGGCUAAAUCUCACAGUUCCCGGAAAGGGAUACGUAAUCGGACUGCGCGAAAGCGACAACAGUAGUCUACGAAUCACCACGUUCAUGUACGCCAUCGAAAAGACCGACAACGGCGGCUCGAGGCUUUAUUUCAUCGUUCCUCAAGGCAAUGCAGGACGAGUUUUCGUCGUCAAUUACAAAAACCAAAUCGUAGCGUCACAGCACUUGAAAUCCGGUAAUUUCGUGGACAUUCGUCCUGCUUUCUUUGAUAAUGGCGAAUACACUCUUUACUACGGAAUGGGCUGUGAAGGUACUUCCUGUCCAAGCAAAAUCAAGUUUACGGCGCUAAUGGGGUCUGUGACAGUACUGCAUCUGGACGGCAAUUCAAAUGAAGGAAAUUACCACGUAUUGGUACGACCAAACACGGUGUCCAUACUCUGGGUCGUGCCACAGUUCAUCGUGAUCACUCUGGGCGAGGUGCUACUCUCCGUGACCGGUCUCGAAUUCGCGUAUUCGCAGUCUGCACCCAGCAUGAAAAGUUUUCUGCAGGUUAGUCAAUAG